GGCGGCCGCUGCGACCUCUUUCACAGAUACCUGCCCCAAGUCGUGGAUGAAGGAUUCUGCUUGCAGAGGCACUGGAAUGCUCCAUGAUCUCUGGACCAAAGUGUCAUGGAGGUCUGCAUAUUCUUCCUUUGUGCUAUGAUAUUUCUCCCAGGUAUUGCUGCCAGUGUGCAUCCGGUGAAGGCAUUUCUCCAUCACACUGUACACCUAUCCUGCUAUUUUCCAAACUCUCAGGAAAUUGACGUGAAUAAUUUAAUAAUCUUUUGGCAAAAAGACACGAAAGUGGUGCAUGAAGUAUAUCAUGGCCAAGAAAAGCAUGAGAACCUUAGUCCUGAAUAUAUAAAUCGCACCAAGGUGGACAUGGCCAAAUGGACCUUGCAGUUGUUAAAUGCAGGAGUUGAGGACGAGGGACGCUAUCAGUGUAUUAUUAUGCAAAAAAACCCUGAACAACCAAAAAUGGUUAUACACCAAUCUGAGUGGUCACUGCACAUCAUUGCCAACUAUAGUCAACCUGAGAUAGCAGAACUGCACUCCAGGGAACUAAAGCCCAAUGGAUACUUGAACCUCACCUGCUCUUCCAGUGGAGGUUAUCCAGAGCCCAAGGAGAUGACUUGGCUGAUUUCACAUGAGAACAUAACACACAGCAGUACGGCUCACAUGGAUGUCACACAGGAUGCUGUGACAAAGCUGUACAACGUUACCAGCAAGCUGAAUAUCCCAGUUCCUACAAGGAGCCCCACUAAUAUCAGCUGCUUGCUUCGCCUUAGGGAGCAGCUGGGAAGCCUUGUCUCAGUCCCACUGGGCAUAGAGAUAAAAGAGAAAGAAAUGGAGCAAGCAAAGAUAAAUUUCUUUGGCCCACUUAUAGCUGUGGUUGUAGUGAUCAUUUCUGCACUUCUUCUGGCUUUUGUGAUAUUAAAGAAGAGAAAUAUCUUGUCUACCAACCACAGUGUCAGUCUAGCAGUCUAGAAGCUAUCCAGCUUGAAACUGAGGCCAUCAGCCAGACUGCUGACUGGGAACCACCUCUGCACCCAGCAAAGCAUGAGGUCC